GAUACUGUGCACCGCCUCUGUCAUUUGUGAUGGACGCAGAAACGGUGGAAGACGAGAACGGUGAUUGCAGUGAGUCUUGGGUUGCUGUCAGCCGCGAACACGUUGCUGAUGUCGACUACGAAGAGGGACGCUUGUCAACAGCGAGCAGCGAUGAAAGCAGUGUUGAAGAGCAACUGGCUGAAGCAGUCGAGGAGAACGUAGAAAACGAGAGACAAACAUCCGGGGACAGGCAAGGAGUGCAGGUGUCAUUGUCAUUGAUAGAUGAUGAAGAUGUGGCGACGAGCUCGAACACGCGCAGCAGACUUGAAGUCAGCAGCAAGAUGUUGGGUGAAGAGGAAAGGCUGAGGAGAUCUGCUGAGAAGGAGACAAAGGUGGAAGAUCCUUUGAAAGAUGCACGUGAGGGUGUUGAAUUGAAGAGGUCAAGAGAACAUAGUAGUCAGACGAAAAGUUGGUUCAGUCUUCGAGGCAGCAAAGCGUUCAAGAGUGGUCUAGCUCUGUUCGAUCGAGCUUUGCCGAUGCUUGUCUGUACUCAUCUUCUCUCGUUUGUCAUUGGAGUCCUUGUUUGUCAGAACUGGUCAGUUCAUUUCACAAUUGCAAGAUGACUGUUCACUCAAUAUCUUCACAAUGACAGCAAUUUGGACGAACUUAAUGCCUGUAGCAAUACAACAGCUGUGUAUUUCUAGACUAACGUUUACCUUCUAGCUCCUGCUGACUGCUUGUUUGACACAGCCUUCUUUGAUUAAUUAAGAAAGUUAACUAGAUAGCGUACAGAGUCAAAGCCUCAAUAAUUUAUGUGCAUGUGCGUUUACUCGCGCACGUGCCA